GCGCCGCCAUCUUGGAGGUGGCAGUGGGACUGAGCGAGCGAGCGGGGGGGGCGGUCCCGGGACCAUGGCAGCCGCCGGCAACCCGGAAAUGGCAUCGGAUGUUCCCUCUUUGAGUGCAGCAGUUUCUUCUGGGAACCCUGGACCCGGUACACAGGCUGGAGUAGCCAUUGUCCAGAGGACAAACAAGAGACGACCAGGUCUCGAUUUUGAUGAUGAUGAUGAGGAAGAAGAAGAAGGGAGCAAAUUCCUCAGAUGUGAUGAUGAUCAGAUCCCAAAUGAUAAAGAGAGAUUUGCCAGGUCUGAUGAUGAGCAGAGUUCAGCGGAUAAGGAAAGACUUGCCAGGGAGAAUCACAGCGAGAUAGAGCGCAGGCGUAGGAACAAGAUGACCGCCUACAUCACGGAGCUGUCAGACAUGGUGCCCACCUGCAGCGCCCUGGCUCGCAAGCCUGACAAGCUGACUAUCUUGCGUAUGGCUGUGUCUCACAUGAAGUCUUUGCGGGGCACUGGCAACACUUCCACUGGUGGCACCUACAAACCCUCGUUUCUCACUGAUCAGGAACUCAAACACUUGAUUCUAGAAGCAGCCGAUGGCUUUCUGUUCAUAGUGUCUUGUGAGACCGGAAGGGUGGUAUAUGUCUCGGACUCGGUGACUCCUGUCCUGAACCAGCCGCAGUCCGAAUGGUUUAGCAGCACCCUGUACGACCAGGUGCAUCCUGACGAUGUGGACAAACUGAGGGAGCAACUCUCCACCUCGGAGAAUGCUCUGACAGGCCGAAUCCUUGAUCUAAAGACUGGGACAGUCAAGAAGGAAGGCCAGCAAUCCAUGAGAAUGUGCAUGGGCUCAAGGAGGUCCUUCAUAUGUCGAAUGAGGUGUGGCAACAGCUCAGUGGAUCCAGCCUCCAUGAAUAGACUCAGCUUCGUGAGGAGCCGAUGCAGGAGUGGCUUGAGUGCAGUGAAAGAUGGGGAGCCCCAUUACGUGGUGGUGCAUUGCACAGGGUAUAUAAAAGCCUGGCCCCCAGCAGGUGUCUCAUUGCCAGACGAUGACCCGGAUGCUGGCCAGGGCAGCAAAUUUUGCCUUGUAGCCAUUGGCAGACUACAGGUCACUAGCUCACCCAACUGCACAGACCUGAACAGCAUUUGUCAGCCAACUGAGUUCAUCUCCCGACACAACACCGAAAGCAUUUUCACCUUCGUAGAUCACCGCUGCGUGGCUACAGUUGGCUACCAACCACAGGAACUCUUGGGGAAAGAUAUCGUGGAUUUCUGCCACCCAGAAGACCAGCAGCUUUUGCGGGACAGCUUUCAGCAGGUGGUGAAGUUAAAAGGCCAGGUUCUGUCAGUCAUGUUCCGAUUCCGGUCCAAAAACCGUGAAUGGCUCUGGAUGAGAACCAGCUCCUUUUCCUUCCAGAACCCCUACUCAGAUGAGAUUGAGUACAUCAUCUGUACCAACACCAACGUUAAGAACUCAAGCCAAGAGUCUCGGCCUGCUGUGUCUAACUCGAUGCAGCGGCCACAGCAAGGACAGAAUGUCAGCCUCCCCCUGGACGUGGGCACAGCUCAGCUGGCAUCAAGGCAGCAGCAGCCACAACAGACUGCGCUGGAAGUGGUCCCAGGAAGAGAGAGUCUGUCCAGUUAUGACCACUCGCAGGUUGCUGUCCAGCCUGUGACUGCUGCUGGCCCAGAACGCAGCAAACCACUGGAGAAAACGGAGGCUCUGUUUAGUCAGGAGAGGGACCCGCGGUUCAGUGAAAUCUACUCCGGCAUCAAUACAGAUCAGAGCAAAGUCCUUCCUGCCAGCACAGUGCCGGCCAAUCAGCCACUCUUCCCCCAGGGAAACACUUUCACUCCUGCGCGGCCCACCGAAAGUUUCAGGAGCAGUAGCAUGGUACCCCCUGUCAUCAACAUCCAGCACCAGCCUGCUUCAGCAGGCCAGAUUUUAGCACAGAUUUCUCGCCACUCCAAUACCGCUCCAGUCACUGCAACUAACUGGGUGUCGGCGACACGACCGUCGUUCACGGCACAGCAAGUGGCUUCGCAGACUGCAAAGACUCGAUCCCCUUCAUUUGGAAUAGGGAGUUUCCAAGGCACCCCUUCCUCUUUCAGUCCAAUGUCAGCACCUAGUUCCACAGCUUCCCCUGGCGGGGCUGCUUAUCCACCCCUCGCCAACCGCGGCACAGGCUUCGCCACUGAAACCGGGCAGACCCCAGCCCAGUUUCAGACACGGACAGCGGAAGGAGUUGGCAUGUGGCCUCAGUGGCCAGGACAACACCACGGGCGGAGCUCUGGGGAGCAGCACGUCCAGCAGCAGCCGAGCCAACCUGAGGUCUUCCCAGACAUGCUGUCAAUGCUGGGAGACCAGGGAACCAACUACAGCAAUGAAGAAUUCCCUGACUUAAAUAUAUUCCCUGCCUUUUCAGAAUAAAAUUAAAAAAAAACAAAACCAAAAAACCCAAACCCUUAUAUAAAUAUCUACCUGUAAAGGAAAAAGCACCUAAGUCUUUUUUCUCAGACCCCUGAACUUUCUAAACACUUCCUACUUCCUGGAGGUGGAAAUUUCCAACCAAGAAUCCAGGAUGGACAGCUUGUCCCGAAGGAGAAGGCGGGGUCUCUGCAAUGCUGCCAGCCCUACGUGGAAGAUGCAUGGGAUUGUUCAUCAGGCGGCGUCAGGACUCAUGAAGCAUUGGUGAAUGCAGGAGGGAGACUCCCACAGACUGCGGGAUGCAUGCAAGAGGCUUACUCUGUGCACUGGGUUGGGAGGAGAGACUCCUGGCUCCUUCAGAAAGCAUCUCCCAAAGUUCGAGGUGUUUUUUUAAAAGUUUCAGUCUUUGAUACCGUGACUUUUUAAAAGACUUAUUGUAACAGCUUAAAUAUUGGAACCUUUUUCUCAAAUGUUACCCUAGGAUCGAGUUAUAAAGGGUUAACACACGCUGGGGGGAUUACAAAUCCUUCUUGGCUUACCCAGCCUUUCUCACUGGGACUCCAGGUCUCCUCAGCAAGGAAGCUUUUGUGUCAUCUCUCUGGAGAGGAAAGAGUAGGGUUAUUACGGGCUCCCCGGCUUGUGAUCGGGGUGUGUUUGAGGAGCUUCCAUGUUCAGGAAGAGCAUGUUUGUUUGAAAUCCCAUCUCUCUUCCAUAAACAGUGCAAUUAAUAUUGGUAUUUUAGUUAGCAUGACCUAUAAACUUGGGGAUUUUUCAUUCACUUAAAGAUGGGAAAAUAAUGAGCCAUAAAGUGUUAAAUUAUCAUAUGUAGCUUUGCUUUCUAGAUGCACCAGUCCACAAGUGAUGGCUUCAGUGCUGCCAUAAACCAGUGUUAAACGGGUUUUCAGUGAGUGUAUCUAUUAAGACUAACAUGGCACUUUUAGUGCAACUUUACCAUUUUUAUCUCCUUUCCCACAAUCUCCAUUUCUGAGUUGUAGGCCCAGCUCCUGUUGGAAACAGACUCUUCUGCCUCUCUCGCUUCUGGGUAAGGGAUCUGGUAAAUAGCCAAGAGUUGUGCUCUUCACUCAGCUAUCAGAGUGGCAAUCUCCAGUCUGAUGUUCACUGACCCCUUAAAGAACUUCUUACUGUCAGGUGCUGAUCUAUUGCCAAAAUACAAAAUGGAGGAGAGCGAGACAGGUAUUUAACUUGAAGAUUCAAGCCUUGUGUUCACAUUUUCUGGCACCUUCCCUGGAAAAACUUGUGGCAAACUUCACGCUCCCUCCUGGUCCUGUUUUCUAAAAAGUGAUGGUGAAAUCGUACCCAUGGCAAGAAUUUGCUGCUUGCAUUCAGUAAGUAGAUCUGCCUGCUGUUGGGUUCAACACUGGGAAACUAACUCUCCAAUGCUGUGGUGGAAAAACAGAAUCUUUCCUGAAAAGCGAAAUCUGUUUUUCUUCAGGAUUAAAUGUGUUGGAAGCUGGUCUUGUUCCUUUAAAGCAUGCACACUGCUCCAUGUUAAAUGAGAUUAGGGAUGCUGACCUCCUGGAAUGCCCUGGGGUGACUAUCUUUCAGCCAGUAAGAUCAGAGCUAGACAAAUAAUGGAAUUUCCACUGGUUGGCAAUUUUGCAAAAGUAAAGAAAUUUGGCUGGGUCAAAUUUACCAUUUCAUUUUGAUUGUGAGAAAUUUCAAGCUUCUGAGUUUAAAAAAAAAAAAA